UUCCGGCCGCGUCCGGUCCCUGAUCUCCGUCCGUCUGGCGUUCUGCUGGGCGUGUACUGAAAUGGCCUGCUGUUCUAUGGUCGCUGCGGGGUCCGCGAAGGCGGCGUUGCAGGUGGCCGAGGUGCUGGAAGCCAUUGUGAGCCGCUGCGUGGGGCCCGAGGGACGGCAGGUUUUGUGUACGAAGCCCACCGGUGAGGUGCUGCUCAGCCGGGAUGGAGGCCGCCUCCUGGAGGUGCUGCAUUUAGAGCAUCCCAUAGCCAGGAUGAUAGUGGCCUGUGUUUCCAGUCAUCUCAAAAAAACAGGAGAUGGUGCUAAAACAUUUAUUAUCUAUCUUUGCCAUUUGCUUAGAGGACUUCAUGCAAUCACAGACAGAGAAAAGAACUCUUUGAUUUCUGAAAAUAUUCAAACGCAUGGAAGGCAUUGGAAAAAUUGUUGUCAGUGGAAAUUUCUUUCCCAGGCUCUUCUAACGUUUCAGACACAAAUAUUAGACUGCAUUAUGGACCAAUACUUAAGUAGACACUUCUUGUCUAUCUUUUCCUUAUCUGAUAAGGAGAGAACAUUGUGUAGGGGCUCUUUAGAGUUGCUCUUAGAAGCAUACUUUUGUGGAAAAGUGGGAAGAAAUAAUCACAAAUUUAUUUCAAAGUUGAUGUGUGACUACUUUUUCAAGUGUACAACUUAUAAAAGUGAGACCAGUGUUUUUGAGUUAGUGGAUGACUAUUUUGUGGAGUUGAAUGUUGGUGUCACUGGCCUUCCUGUUUCAGAUUCCAGGAUCCUAGCUGGGCUUGUGCUUCACAGAGAUUUUUCUGUGUACUGUCCAGCAGAUGGUGAUAUAAGAACAGUGAUAGUAACAGGAACCGUUCAGCCUGUUUUUUCAACAACAGGAUCAGAGUUGAUUCUAAAUUCAGAAGCACAAUUUCAAACAUCUCAAUUUUGGAUUUUGGAAAGGACAAAAGCAAUAAUGAAACAUUUACAAAGUCAGAAUGUAAAAUUGCUACUAUCUAGUGUGAAACAACCAGAUUCAGUUAUUUAUUAUGCAGGACUGAAUGGCAUAUCAGUGGUAGAGUGUUUAUCAUCACAAGAAGUUUCUCUUCUCCAGAGGAUCAUUGGUCUUUCUCCAUUUGUAAUACCACAGGCCUCUUCACAGUGUGAAAUCUCUAACGCUGCUUUGGUGAAAUUUUGUAAACCCCUUUUCCUUAGAUCUAAAAGGUAUGUUCAUCUUGGCUUGAUUAGCACAUGUGCAUUUGUACCACACUGUAUAGUUUUUUGUGGACCUGUGCAGGGUCUUAUUCAACAGCAUGAGGAUGCUUUACAUGGAGCAUUUAAAAUGCUUCGGCAGUUAUUUGAAGACCUUGAUCUAAAUUAUGUGACACAAAUCAGUGACCAAAAUGACACUUCAAGGCCUGUUAUUUAUGGGGAUAGUAAAGAAAGUAAUCAGUUACCAGAAACUGGUAAUGGCUCAAUACAAAGGCCACAUCAGGACACAAUUGGAAAGAACAAAAAUGAAUUGGAAAACACUCAAACUUGUAUUCCAUGUUCAACACCAAAACUGACAUCAGCAGAUACACUCCAAACAGAUGAAACACUAAGAUGUUUGUCUUCAGAAAAAGACAGGAUCGUUGAUGACUAUGAACCGUUACUUGAGAGUAAUUCCACUACUAAUUCCAUAACAGAAAACACUAGAAUAGAAAUUUAUGAGAAUUUACAGGUCACAAAAGUCGCUGGAAGGGGGAGCAUGUUACCAGUCAGAUAUAAGUUAUACAAGAUGUGUACUUCUCAGAGUUACUGUUCCUCAUCUAUGCCAGCAGGUUGUGUUUUGCCAGUGGGUGGUAAUUUUGAGAUCUUGUUACAUUACUAUCUUCUCAACUAUGCCAAAAAAUGCCAGCCAUCAGAAGCCAGGGUUAGUGUGAUAAUAGCUAAUGCACUUUUAGGCAUUCCAAAAAUCCUUUACAAGCCUAGGAAAGGAAUUUACAGCUUUCCACAAAUAUAUAUAAGAACCCUUCGUGCACUGAAAACCAGUCAACCCAUGGUAAGUAGCCAGACAGGUCUGGAAUCAGUAAUUGGUAAAUACCAGCUACUAACUUCAGUUCUUCAGUGUUUGACAAAAAUAUUAACCAUUGAUUUGGUAAUCAGUGUUAAGAGACAACCUCAUAAAGCUUAUGACCAAGAUUCAGAAGAUGAACUAUAACAUCAAACGUUUUUUAUUAACCAAAUUUUUAAUCCUGCUCAAGCCAUAAAGUAAAGCUGGCAUGUGACCACUGAUUCUCAAGUCAAUUCAGUCUACUUAAGA